GGUCCCCGAAGGCUGUUUCGCAGCUGGUGUCAGGAGUGUUUUCACGUUUUAAUGCCGAGAGGUCUCUGUGAUGAUUCUGGUUGGUUGCAAUUAGGGACUCCGUGAAGUCAAUAAUAGAGAAGUUGUCUGUGGAAUUAGUGAUGGUUGUUUCGGGGCUCGGUGAUGGGAGUCUGUGACGUCCGUUGAUGUUUGUCUGUGACAGGGAUUUCUCGGGUCAUUGGUGGGGCUCUUUGGGAUGAGUGAUUGGGGUUUGGGGGUCAGUGAUGGGAGUCUGUGGUCAGUGACUGAGAGCCUGUGGGGUCAGCUAUGGUGGUCGGUUCUUGGGUGUCUCUGGGGAGUCCCUGGGCCAGACCUUCCUCCAGACUCCAGCCCACCUCUUCGGAGCAGCUCUGCUGAGUUCACAGAUGACCACUAAACUUCAGGCACCCUGGAGAAAAAGGGUUGAGAUCCAGUGUGGCCAUGCCAGCUAGUUGGACCUCACCCCAGAAAUCCUCAGCCCUGGCUCCAGAGGAUCAUGGCAGCUCCUAUGAGGGAUCAGUGUCCUUCAGGGAUGUGGCUAUCAAUUUCAGCAGAGAGGAAUGGCAGCACCUGGACCUUUCUCAGAGAAACCUGUACCGGGAUGUGAUGCUGGAGACCUACAGCCACCUGCUUUCAGUAGGGUAUCAAGUUCCUAAACCAGAGGUGGUCAUGUUGGAGCAAGGAAAGGAAUCAUGGGCACUGCAGGGUGAGAGGCCACGUCACAGCUGCCCAGGAGAGAAAUUAUGGGACCAUAAUCAACAUAGAAAAAUCAUCGGUUAUAAACCAGCUUCCUCUCAAGAUCAAAAAAUUUAUUCUGGGGAAAAAUGCUAUGAGUGUGCCGAAUUUGGAAAGAGCUUCACCUGGAAGUCACAGUUCAAGGUACAUCUGAAAGUUCCUACAGGAGAAAAACUCCAUGUAUGUAUUGAAUGUGGGAGGGCUUUUGUACAGAAGCCAGAAUUCAUCACACAUCAGAAAACCCAUAUGAGAGAGAAGCCCUAUAAGUGCAAUGAAUGUGGAAAAUCCUUUUUUCAAGUAUCGUCUCUUUUCAGGCAUCAGAGAAUUCAUACCGGAGAAAAACUAUAUGAAUGUAGUGAAUGUGGGAAAGGCUUCCCUUAUAACUCAGAUCUCAGUAUACAUGAGAAAAUUCAUACUGGAGAGAGACACCAUGAAUGCACUGACUGUGGCAAAGCGUUCACACAAAAGUCCACACUCAAGAUGCAUCAGAAAAUCCAUACAGGCGAGAGAUCCUACAUCUGUAUUGAAUGUGGACAGGCCUUCAUCCAGAAAACACAAUUGAUUGCACACCGAAGAAUUCAUAGUGGAGAAAAACCAUAUGAGUGCAAUAACUGUGGCAAAUCCUUCAUUUCCAAGUCACAACUUCAGGUACAUCAACGCAUUCACACAAGAGUGAAGCCGUAUAUAUGUACCAAAUUUGGGAAGGUCUUCAGCAAUAAUUCCAACGUCAUUACACAUGAGAAGGUUCAAAGUAGAGAGAAAUCUUCCAUAUGUACUGAGUGUGGGAAGGCCUUUACCUACAGGUCAGAGUUGAUUAUUCAUCAGAGAAUUCACACUGGAGAGAAACCUUAUGAAUGCAGUGACUGUGGAAAAGCCUUCACUCAGAAGUCAACACUCACAGUGCAUCAGAGAAUUCAUACAGGAGAAAAAUCGUAUGUAUGUACGAAAUGUGGACUGGCCUUCAUCCGGAAGGCACACUUGGUUACUCAUCAAAUAAUUCAUACUGGAGAGAAACCUUAUAAAUGUGGUCACUGUGGGAAAUUGUUUACUUCCAAGUCACAACUCCAUGUUCAUAAACGAAUUCACACAGGAGAAAAGCCCUAUGUGUGCAAUAAAUGUGGGAAGGCAUUCACCAACCGGUCAAAUCUCAUUACACAUCAGAAAACUCAUACAGGAGAGAAAUCUUAUAUAUGUUCCAAAUGUGGAAAGGCCUUCACCCAGAGGUCAGACUUGAUUACACAUCAGAGAAUCCAUACUGGGGAGAAGCCUUAUGAAUGCAAUACUUGUGGAAAAGCCUUCACUCAGAAGUCAAAUCUUAACAUACACCAGAAAAUUCACACUGGAGAGAGACAGUAUGAAUGCCACGAAUGUGGGAAAGCCUUCAACCAGAAAUCAAUACUCAUUGUUCAUCAGAAAAUUCAUACAGGAGAGAAACCCUAUGUAUGCACUGAGUGUGGAAGAGCUUUCAUCCGCAAGUCAAACUUUAUUACUCAUCAAAGAAUUCAUACUGGAGAGAAGCCUUAUGAAUGCAGUGACUGUGGGAAGUCCUUUACCUCCAAGUCUCAGCUCCUGGUGCAUCAGCCAAUUCACACAGGAGAGAAACCCUAUGUGUGUGCCGAGUGUGGGAAGGCCUUUAGUGGCAGGUCAAAUCUCAGUAAGCACCAGAAAACUCAUACCGGAGAAAAGCCCUACAUUUGUUCUGAAUGUGGGAAGACCUUUCGACAGAAGUCAGAGUUGAUUACACAUCAUAGAAUUCAUACUGGAGAGAAACCAUAUGAGUGCAGUGACUGUGGGAAGUCUUUCACUAAAAAAUCACAGCUCCAAGUGCAUCAACGAAUUCACACCGGAGAGAAGCCUUACGUGUGUGCUGAGUGUGGGAAGGCCUUUAGCAACAGGUCAAACUUGAAUAAACAUCAGACAACACACACUGGAGACAAACCCUACAAGUGUGGCAUCUGUGGGAAAGGCUUCGUUCAGAAAUCAGUGUUCAGUGUCCAUCAGAGCAGCCACGCUUGAGAGAAACAGUGUGAGAAAACCCCACUGAGGGUUAGGUCUGAUUGUACACUGUUGCAUGCAUGCAGCAGAAAAAUAUAUAUAUUAUUAUAAAUAGAAAUGACCACAUCAGAAUGUCACACAUGGCUGUUUUGGAGAGGGCCUUUGAGAAGGCACUGAAUGAGGCGAGGGACCCUUCCUACAUUGUCACCAUCCCCAAUAAACCUUGGGGCAUUAUUCAUACUGACAAGGAACGGAGUCAAUUUGGUGAAUAGAAAAAGCCUUCUCAUGAAAACUACAAUAGAACACUGUUACCAAAUUCUUCAUAAGAAAGAUCGUAUUAUGGGAAUGAUAAUCCUGUUUACUGUGGAUUAGGUAUAGUGCCAACAGUUUGAAUGGUAAGACAACAUAAUAUAUAUGAUAGUGAUGAACCCUUCUGUGAGUUGUUUGUUCCAGAACACACUGUCUAGUAGAAUUGUGGGUAUUUUCUUCUUUUGAAUCCAACACAGUUGUGCAUAUCCAAUUCCCCAUUGAGUAUUUCUAUCAAGCAAGAGAUACUGCAAUAAGACAAACUCCCUAUGUAUUCAGACACAGACCUCAAGAGUAUAUGUUGAGUCCGCACUGUCAUAGAAAAAGAGUUGCAUCCCCCUUCAUUAUCUGCCAGGACUGUCUCUGAGCCCCACAGGUUCUCAGCACACUGUGUUUGACACCCAGCACAGUGUUUUCUCUUUCUUUCUUUCUUUUUUUUUUUUUUUUGGAGACAGAGUCUCGCUCUGUCUGGCAAGCUGGAGUGCAGUGGAGCUAUCUUGGCUCACUGCAACCUCUGUCUCCCGGGUUCAAGGAAUUCUCCUGCCUCAGCCUCCCGAGUAGCUGGGAUUGCGUGUGCCACCACGCCCAGCUAAUUUUUGUAUUUUUGGUAGAGACGGGGGUUCCACCAUCCUGGCCAGGCUGAUCUUGAACUCCUGACCUUAUGAUCCGCCCGCCUCGGCCUCCCAAAGUCCUGGGAUCACAGACGUGAGCCACUGCGCCCGGCCCAGCACAGUGUUUUGUACAACCCCACCACCCUCAAGAAAGCCUCUGAGGUUAGGAUUUUCAGGUCAUCUGGGACAACUUAAAUUCUUCCUUCUGCUAUUAAAAUUCUUCCCAUUCAGUUGCCUGCCUCUGUUUUUUUUUUUUAAUUGCUGCUGAGUUGAAGCCCAGCAUUUUACUUUCCUUAAUGAUCUGACUUUCACAAGUUGAUAACUCAUGAAAUCAUUAUCUUACAUUAUAUGAGAUAUGAGAUAAAUCAUAAGUCAUAUGAAAUCGAUAACUCAUGUGAAAACCAACCCCCCCAUAUGUUCACUGUCUACUUGUGUCCGUGUUCGUGCCAUGCACUCCACAAGGACCUUCCCUGCCAUGUGUCUCAAACAUCAGUUCAGUUCCUGACUCAGGGCCUUUGUAUUUGCCAUGCCCGUUGCAAAGAGCACAAUUCUUUAUUUUAUCUGUGGCUUGUCCCUCAUGUCUUUUUUUCCAUGACACCUCCACACAGGCCUUCCCUGCCUGCCUGGUUUAAAAUUCCAGCCCCUUACCCUUCCUCCUUUAUUCUUCUCCCUAGCACUUUCCACCAUGCUGCCUGGUAUAUUUUGCUCAUUUCUCUGUGGCUUCUACACUAGAAAAUAUUUCCCUUUUGUUCACCACUACGAGUCUAGACCCGUGACUGCCAUACAGCAGGCAUUCCAUAAAUGCACCUGUGGAGAGUUGACCCGUGCUUGUUGCGUGACUUCUCUCUGAUUUUUUUCUGUGUUGCAGCAUAAGAAGCGCUAAUAGGGAGAACCAACUUGCCUAAAACACACCAGGCUUUUUCACCUCUAGUCUGUACCUGGGCUGUAUCCCUUCUCAACCCUAAAGCUAAAGUCAUUGUAAACCUUUUGGUCUGAUGCUAAAGAAGGGAAAACAGGUACAGGAAAUCCCAUGUGGAUGCUUGCUUCCAGGAUUCCCUGCCAUGAGUCCAGAAUCCCACAGCUCCAACGUGAUUGCAAAAGACUCCCUGCUCAUUUUUCCUCAGCAUACACAGCUCUGCCCUGUCUCAGUUGCAACUCGACAGAGCCCCACUUACUCCAGAACCCAAUCCACACACCUGCUUAUCCUGCCCCGAGAGGAGUGCCUGAAGCCAAUAGCAGGGAACUAGAGCAGACAUGGGUGGAUCUUCAUUGGAUAUUAGGUAUCUUGCCCUAGAUAGGCAGCAGUGGCCUUACAGAUGCUGGCAGAUGAUCUGAUUGGAUGCACAGUUGCUGGGUGGCCCCUCUGGAACUUGCAGAAUGGUUUGUCUGGGGCCAGUCUAUUGGCAGUUCUGGGAGUGGGAAAUAUUUGGGCUCUGCAGAGAUGGUUUCACCUUUAAGAAGGGCCGUAUGGGGAAGUGAAGAUGGGGCCCAAAGGAUAGAACAUAGUCAAAGGAGCAGGGCCGCAAUGCCCCUUUAAUUCCCAAGCCCUAGUUGGGCAGUGCUUGGUGACACAUCCCAUUACCUCACCUUAGAUCAAUGUCUACUGAGCCAUCAUUAGCUCUGCUUCCUCACUGCUUCACAGUAUCUGAUGGCUCAUCACAUGCUGCUCAACAUCUUAGACCGAUGUCUGCUCACCCAUUACCUCCCUUCACCUCAUCCAGCACUGUAUCUGAAGCUUCACUAUGCUUCAUUCAAUUUUGGAUAUUUUGUGAUACAACAUUAUCCCCAACUUAGGACAAUGUCUGCUGACCCUGAGGAGGGUGCCUGGAGAUCACCUCUUCCUUCCUAACAUACGCUAGAACAAGGUCUGGUCCCCUUCAUUAUUCCCAUUUUACCUUACUCCUAAGUGUAUCACUCCUCAUGAAUUCCAGGAAAUAUGGAGGAAAACACAUUUCACUGUACAUGACUUUCAAUAAUUUCUCCUUUAUAUUUAUUGUAACGUGAUAUUUUAGUGCUGACAUAUAUAUGUAUAUGUACACCCAUUUAUAUAAAAGACUAGUUUUUAGAGAAAUUUUAGGUUCACAGCAAAAUGGGGCAGAAGGUACAGAGAUUUCCCAUAUAUCCCCCACCCUCACGUAUACACAGCCUCCCCCAUCAUCAACAUCCCCCUUCAGAGUGGUACAUUUGUUACAAUUGAUGAAACUACAUUGACACUAUCGGCCAAAGUCCAUGGUUUAAUUAGGGUUCAGCCUUGAUGUGCAUUCUGUGGGUUGACACAAAUGAAUAAUGACAUGUAUGCAUUAUUAUAGAAGGAUAAAGAGCAGUUUCACUGUCCCAAUAAUCCUCUGUGUUUUGCCUACUCCCCUAUUCCCCUGGCUAUUUUCUUUUGUCUCCAUAAUUUUGCCUCUGAACCAUAAAGUAUGCAGCCUUUUCAGAUUGAUUUGUUUCACUUAGUAAUGUGGAUUUAAGUUUCUUCCAUGUCUUUUCGUGGCUUGCUAGCUCUUUUUUUUUUUCGCAUUGAAUAAUAUGCUAUUGUCUGGAUGUACCGUGAUUUAUUUAUCCAUUCACCUACUGAAGGACAUCUUAAUUGCUCCGAAGUUUUGUUGAUUAUGAAUAAAGAUGCUAUAAACA